AUGACGAACAAAACCUGCUGGUCGCAGUCGGAGACAACAUCUAAUGUGAUACUUGUUUCUGAUGAAAUACACACUGGGUCGCAAGAUACAACAACAUUAAUCUCAAUGGUGCAAAAUGGGACAACCGCAGCAUUAGAGAUAAAUGGAACAGUAAAAAAUCUGCAAUCUUACGACUUUAAAAUAUCUGUUGUAUGGACGCCUGAGAAUGAAACUGAAAUGUAUGUUGGAAUGAAAAUGAAACUGAAGGUGUAUGUCUCCUAUCCUCAAGGCUAUUACAAGGAGGUCACACUUACUGUCAGUCAGGGUAUACAAAACAUCGAUGUAGAGGGUCAGUCUUGUGUACUAGGAAGGGUUAUUCAGGCGGAAACGUCCGAAAAGAGUUCAGUGAAUUUUGAAAAUACAGGAUUUCUGAGAACUCGUGAGAUGUCAUUCAUCACAAAAUCCGUCAAUGUGACAUAUUCUGAUACCCCGAGUGAUUAUCAGCUAAUUUGUAACUACGAAAUAUACCUUCAUAAUGCAGUGAACCUUACCGACGGACAAAACGUCUCUAUACCCUGUUUGGUACAGGUUACAUCAUCAGCAUCAGUUGUUCAGAAUUUUGAGACUGACGCAGUACUCAUAGCAAGGAUAUCGAUUCUGGAAAUGAAUAAAAAUGCAUCUUUUGAUCCUGCAACACCAUCCUGGAUGCAUAUUGAACCAAAACUGGUUAAAGGAUUCGUAUUCCGAGCUUGGAUCCCAUAUUACAAUCCACAAAUUAAAGUCAAGUUGGAAGGAGAUGAGAAAUUUCAAUCGAAUUAUUCUGCAUUGUUUCUGGAGGUUAAAAGAGUUGGCAAGAACUUCUCUCCAGGUGCUGAUGGUAGAAAUGAUUCUGCCUGUAAAUACAAAUGGUCUUCAAAUCAAGAACCAUUGAUUUACACAUUUCCUUCCCAAUGGAUCAAUAGGGGUUAUUAUGAAUCUAAAAAUACAACAGAUGAUGACCUUCUUGAGUUUGAGGCACUUGUAGCGAUGUCCGACACAGCAAGGAGAGGGUUCGAAAACUAUUACACGUUGACAGCAACUAUUAUACUCAAUGAUGCUCAAGUAUGGAAUACAUCUGUAGACCUUAUCGUAUCCGAUCCAUCUCUAAACGUUUCAUCAAAAGUCAGUCUUGUUGAUGAAUUGCCGUGUGAAACAUUACCGAAGUCAAGAAAUACUAGUAUUUUACUGAAGUUAGAAAUUCCAGUUGGCAGAGCAGAUAAACUAGAUCUCACCAUUCUUACAAAGAAGCUGACAGGUGAUAGAGAGUCGGCAGUGGUUAUUGAAAACGUUCAGUAUAUUCUCGAAACACCAUAUCCCGCCUGUUAUAGAUUUGAUGUUGACUACUUUAAUAAUUCUUUUUCAAUCCAAAAUAAAGCCCUCGUAUCUUUCAAGUAUGUGGAUCGUGUUGCAAGUUCUGUGUCUUCUAAAGUAAAUCUCACCGUGAGCGCUGACUUGAGAAUUGUUCCAGAAAAAAUCACAUUUGGCGAUAAUCAUGAAGUGUCAGCUAUUCUGGGUAACACAACAACAUCAUUAUGUAACAUUUCUGUAGAAAGCCCGGAAAUUUUCAACGACAUACACGAAACAAUCUCGUCGAAUUUAUAUAUGCUACUAGAUCAGGAAAAUAGUUCUUGUAUUGAUCUACCAGUUAAAGGAGAAAACCCGCCAUUACUUUGGAUGAGAAUGAAAACACUGUUACUUAGAAUUUCUCCUGCUCCGUUUAAUGUCACAGUAAGAGGAAUGGGUAUUUCUUGUCAGCGACAUGGGCAGAAACUUCUACAGGUUUCUUUUUCGAAGAGUUUAAAAAGUGGUUUUCGUGGCGAAGCAAACUUUUGCAGUUUGCUGUAUGACGUUGAGGGACCAGAUGGAUCAUCACGUGACUGCGGGUAUCAUUGUCCGUGCUCAGGCUUGGUAGAAUGUGACGAAAUAAUUUUCUUCAUGGCAAGUCAUGGAAGUAAUGAGAAAUGGAGUCUUUGUGAAAUUUUUGCAAAAAACGUGUAAAAGAUUCUCAAAUGCAAUAAACAUGUUUGUAGUGCUGGAUAAAUAAAUAUAGA